AUGGACUUUGGCAAUGGCGCGGAAAAGAGACGCUCAGAUGCUGUCCAACUUAGGGCCGCAUCAGAAAUUGACGACUUCGCUCCUAAUGUUCGAUCUGGGACCAAAGAAGAUGCUGUCGAUAUGCAGCGACUUGGUCGCGAGCAGGAGCUCCGUCGAACCUUCAGAACAUUCUCGAUUCUUGGCAUGGCCUCAGUAACGAUGGCAACUUGGAUGGCAUUGCUUCUUACCGCCAGCUUCUCCUUGAUCAAUGGAGGGCUUGCGGGUAGUAUCUGGGUCUACUUCGCAUCCUGGUUAUUUACAAUUUGUCUGGUCUGCAGUCUCGCAGAAAUGGCCUCGAUGGCUCCAACCAGUGGGGGGCAGUAUCACUGGGUGUCGGAGUUCGCGCCACAAUCGCAUCAACGGUUUCUCAGCUACUCCGUCGGCUGGUUGAGCGCCCUUGGUUGGCAAGCAAUCAUCGCUGGAGGGGCAUACUCAGCCAGUACUCUGCUACUUCAACUCGUAUCACUCAACAAUCCCGGUUACACCCCAACGCGGUGGCAGACGACACUCCUAAUGAUCGGGAUUGGCGUUUUUGGAGCCCUCUUCAACACCUUCGGGGCCAAAAGGCUACCGCUCCUAGAGGGAAUUGCGCUGUUCGUGCACGUCUUCGGCUUCUUCUGCAUCAUCGUCCCGCUAUGGGUGCUCGCGCCCAAAGCUUCCGCCAAAGCAGUAUUUACGGAGUUCUCAAAUUUUGGAGGAUGGUCAUCCAUUGGUACGGCCUGCAUGGUCGGCCAGAUUGCAGCGACUACCUCGUUUGCUGGUUGUGACGCGCCUGUGCACCUGUCCGAAGAAGUCAAAAAUGCAUCGCUCGCGGUCCCUCGCAUGAUGAUCGCCUCAAUCAUCCUGAACGGUGCCAUGGGGUUUGUCGUGAUCAUCACCUAUGUCUUCUGCAUCACGAACCUCGAGGCUGUCAUUGGUUCGACAUCCGUGUUCGUAUUUGUGGACGUCUUUCACGCCGGGACAGGAAGCAAAGGCGCAGCAACUGCCAUGGCCUGCAUCCCGCUUGUGCUUAUAGUUUGCGUCACGCUCAAUUCGAUAGCUGCGGGCUCUCGGCAGGCGUGGUCUUUGAGCAGAGACGGAGGGCUUCCAUUCUCAGAUUGGUUCAGAAAAGUCGUCGAGAUCGGUAUUCCUAUACCACUGAACGCCAUCCUCUUUUCAUUUUCAAUCCUGGUCAUCCUCGCUCUAAUCAACAUCGGUACCUCCACGGCAUUCAACAGUAUCAUCAGUCUGGCAACAAGUGCGACAAGCUUUUCGUACGCUGUCAGCGUUGGAUGCAUCCUCAGCAAGCGACUACGAAGAGAGCCACUUCCGCCUGCCAGAUGGUCAUUGGGUCGACUUGGUCUGCCAAUGAACGUCGUCGCGUUGCUUUUUGUUGUGUUCACGGCAAUUGUCAGCUUCUUUCCGGUGCUAGCUAUGGUGAAACCUUCCACCAUGAACUGGUCGUGCGUCAUGUUCGCAGGCGUGUUCACGAUUGCGGCUUUCGACUACAUUUUGCGCGGCAAGCGAAGCUAUCUCGGACCAGUCGUGCGUGUCAACAGAAGUUGA